AGAGGCAGAGGGCAAAAAUAAAAAUACAUUAAAACACCUUUUAAAACUUAUCCAAGAGAAAGCCCAGGUACCAUGAUAAAGUAUAGGCCGCCUCCAUUGCUCUCCCUGAUGAUGAUAUCAUCUCCCUCUCAUCUCUUAAACCCUGUUGCUCACUCCAGAUUUAUCUUUGUUUCCAAACCAGGCUCUCAAAUCCCCUGUUCCUUUCACCAUCGCCUUCCUGUAUUUCCUAAGAUCUCUCUUUUUUAUUCUCUCAGAUCCCUUCAAAACAUGACAUUCCCAAAGUGUUGCUCUGCUUCUGGGUAUGCUCCUGCUGAUCCGAUUCCCUCUUCGGGAACGGCUGAACUCAAUGAUCCUAACCCUCAAUCUUAUCUGGUGGUGGUGUCAUUCUAUAAAUUCGCUGAUUUUCCCGACUAUGCGGAUAUGCGAAAGCCUUUGAAACAUCUCUGUGAGGAACUGCGUGUUUCAGGCGGUAUCAUUCUAGCGCCUGAGGGAAUCAAUGGAAGCAUAUGUGGGACCAGGGAGACGGUGGAAAAAGUUCUUGAGUUCAUCAAGAGUGAUGACAGACUAAAGGGGCUAAGACAGGUGGAGACACCUGUAAGUCCUGAGGAGGAAGCUAUCCAUCAUGGACAUGGUAGUAGUUCUCCUCUAGCAGCAGGGGAGGAUACACCAUUUCGUUGGGAUCAUGUUAGGGUGAAGUUGAAGAAAGAGAUUGUUACUCUUGGAAUGCCUACCGUGUCACCUAUUGAAAGGGUUGGGAAAUAUGUGAACCCAAAGGAGUGGAAUGCAUUGAUUGAUGAUCCAGAUACUGUGGUUAUUGAUGUGCGAAAUAAUUAUGAAACUAGAAUUGGGAAGUUCAAAGGAGCAGUUGAUCCUUGUACCGCAUCGUUUCGGGAAUUCCCUUCUUGGGUGAAAAAUAAGUUGCGAGUUGUUACAGACACAGAUGAGGUGGAUCUUUUAGAUGGAAACAGUGAUACAGAAACAGAGGGCUCCACGCCAAAAAUGCCAAAACGAGUUGCUAUGUACUGUACUGGAGGAAUUCGAUGUGAGAAAGCUUCAAGUUUUCUCCUAAGUAAAGGUUUCAAAGAGGUUUAUCACUUGGAAGGUGGAAUUCUAAAGUACCUUGAGGAAGUCCCAAAGUCAGAGAGCCGGUGGGUGGGUGAGUGCUUUGUUUUUGACAAGCGAGUCUCGGUAGAGCAUGGUUUAGCCCAAGGAACUUUCAAGCUGUGCUAUGGAUGUAAGCAGCCAGUGAGCGAUGCUGACAUGGAAGCCCCGGAAUGGGAGCAUGGAGUUUCUUGUCCAUACUGUUAUUCAUUGAAAUCUGAUGAAGAAAAAGAAAGGGCAAGAGCUCGACAAAGGCAGUUUGAGUCUUGGGGCAUUAUUGGAGGGCAACCAGGAUCUAAACCAGAUAGUAGUACAAGGAACUCUAACAAGCUCUCAAGCUCAAUUUAAUCGGUUAUCAAGAUGAUUGUACAAGAGAAAAUAUUUCAGGGGAAUAUGCACCCAGAAGAACUGAACCUUGUUUUUCCCCUUGAGUUUUUAUUAAAGCUGACAUGUCCUUUUUGCUAGGUUCUAAAGUUUAUGUAGUUGAUGUUGUCAAUUGUACCUGCGCUUCUGGGAGGACCAUUUCAGAUAGCUACUUUUGUGGCUUAAGCCAGUAAAGUAAACCGUGUGUUAGGUUUGGCAUUGGAUAGGAUGAUGUGUUUGUAGCGAUCAAGUUUUCAAUUAUAUAUGGAGUAUUUAUUA